AUGGUUGCCAAUAAAUUCAAGCGUAAUAACUUAACUAUUGAUUUCUCAAAAGAGAGUCUAUGCUUCUGCUAUUCGGAUCUCUAUGAGGGCAACGUCAUGUUUACAGAUACAGGCACUCUCUACAUUAUAGAUUUCGAACAUGCCGCGUUCCUCCCAACAAGCUUUAUGACUUUGUCACUCUCUCUGGACAGACCUAUUAAUGAAGCUCUCCGGAAUAAGCUUAGUCUCCCACAAGAGAAUCUGAACGCAAUGCAAGCAGCUAGAUAUUAUUUCCAGAUAUCGGGGCACGGAGUUGGCUUGCCUCUAGAUGACCCUUGGAGGGACAUUAAGAGGAAACGUCGGUCACCAAAUGCUCACCAGCCACCUAAUCCGAUGUCAGAUAAUACCGAGCAUCUGCCUUCAGGUUGUAGAACUAAUUCUACAGAGUCUGAUGCUUAG